AUGUUGGGACUGGACUUCGCUGUUUUUCGUGCUACCUUGAUGCGCCAAGUGGGCCAGAUGUACCCGAUGCGACAGAUAGCACCUUCGUUCCCUGGUCCCGGCCUGGUGCAGUCUUUUCCAAUGCCAGGACCAGGAGCUUUCGCGACACAGGGCCAACUAGGGCAGGGACAUGAGCCAAGCGAGAUCAUCAGCACCAUGACAGCUCUCCAUGAGCAGCACCAGCUCGGCAAUAUCACAGACGAGGGGGUAGCCGCUCGAAACAGCGAAUACCUCGCUGCUCUCCGAUCGUCUUCUCAGAUACCAUCUUUGUUUUCCCCCAACGGAUUUCAAUCACCGUGGCCCGCGGUUACUCCGCCAUCGAACGCUGACCGCUUCGGAUCUGGCCCCUGGCCGCCCACAGCCAGGCCUCAGAACCCAAUCACCAUCUACGCCAACGAAGCGGGUGUCUCAGGCUUCGCAGUCGAGCCCAGGUGGUCUGCACUAUCUGAAGACCAAAAGGCAGCUUACCGUGUCCGGUCUGAGACGCUGCGUCACGAGGCUUGGGCCCAGCAGGAGGCGACUCUGGCCGAAGGACCGUCACCUUUUGCCCUUACUGCCUGCAAGAAACUCGAUGGGGCUUGCGAGCCGUGGAGAAGGCUUCCUGGGGUGCCCACCCGGCCGGGAAUUAUCACUGGGCUGAGCGUGUUCCGCGAUGAGCAAGAAAUAGAGUGGCAGGAGGUUCUGAGAAGGUGGGAGGCCCUUACAGAGGAACAUAGGCAGGUGUUCGAGGCGAGGGCUGCGACGGCUAAUGCUGCUGCGAGAGCUACGUUUAGGGAAGGAAGGACUUUGUACGCGGGCUGCCCGGCCAGUACGCAGUUUCCAGCCACCGUCUACUUCCCUGCCGGCACGUAUCUCGUCAGCAGCCCCAUCAUCCAGUUCUACAACACGGAGAUGCUCGGCGACCCGUUCAACCGGCCCGUCAUCCUGGCGGCUGAGAGUUUCUCGGGCUUUGGCGUCAUCACGUCGGAUGUGUACGUGGAUGACGACGUGACCUGGUACCUCAACCAGAACAGCUUUUUCCGCAGCGUCCGCAACUUUGUCAUAGACCUCCGUCCGACACCUCAGUGGACAUACGUGUGCGGCAUCCAUUGGCAGGUGGCCCAGGGCACGUCGCUCGAGAAUAUCGCCUUCAUCUCGACCACACCGACCGAGUAUGACGGCACAACGCAGCAGGGCAUCUACAUGGAGAACGGCAGCGGCGGCUUCAUGAGCGACCUCGUCUUCGUCGGCGGCAACUUUGGCGGCAACUUUGGCAACCAGCAGUUCACCACCAGCAGCAUGCUCUUCGACAGCUGCUGGACCGGGCUGCAGAUCCACUGGGACUGGGGCUGGACCAUACAGGACACCGAGUUCUACAACUGCGCCAAAGGCAUCGUCAUCGUGGGCGGCGCCGGCGGGCUCUUCAGCACCGGCCAGGGCGUCGGUUCCUUGUCUCUGGUCGAUGUCCACAUGUGGGGGGUCCCCGUGGUUAUCGAGACAUCCCUCUUCGAAGAUAACUCGACGGCGCUGCACAUCGACAACGGCGGGUUCCAGAACUGCGAGACCAUCGUGCUCAAGAGCCAGACCAACAGCGUGCUCUACCCGGGCGAUGGCACGGGUCUGACCAACGUGCUGUCGUGGGGAUUCGGCAAAGUCGCCGACCCGAGCGGCGAGACCGGCUUCGUGAACGGCGCAAACAUGGCCGCCCCGGAGGCCUACCCGGCGUCGCUGCUCGUGACCGACGACAUCCACCCGCCCGCCAAGUCCUUCCACCGUACGCGGCCCAGCUACGCAGACCCGGGCAACAGCCAGAUCUUCGACGUCAAGGCGCUCGGCGCCAAGGGCGACGGCGCAACGGACGACACGGCCGUUCUCAACCGCAUCCUCGACAUCGCCGCCAACGUGUCGGGCAUCGUCUACUUCCCGCAUGGCGUCUACGUCAUCAAGGACACGAGUGGGCUUGCGCAUUAUCAGCCAGGCAUGGCCGCAGAUCAUGGCCACCGGCUCCCGGUUCGAGGACAUGGCGAACCCGCGGGCCGCAGUGCGCGUGGGCGCCGUGGGGUCCGUCGGUGUGUGAUGGAGAUCCAGUGUAUGAUGUCCACGGUCCGCGGCCCGACGGCUGGCGCCGUGCUCGUUGAGUGGAACGUCCACGAGUCCUCGCAAGGUUCGGCUGGUCUUUGGGAUUCGCAUAUCCGCGUAGGCGGUGCCAAGGGCAGCGAUCUCCAGAAUGCGGAAUGUCCCAAGACGGCGCAGAACAAGAACUGCAUUGCCGCGUCGAUGAUGAUGCACAUGACGGAGAAGUCGUCUGGGUAUCUUGAGAACGUGUGGAUGUGGGUGGCUGACCACGACAUGGAGGAUGCCGACCAGAUCCAGAUCAACGUGUAUGCGGCUCGUGGCAUCCUUAUAGAGUCUCAGGGUCCGACGUGGCUCUGGGGAACCGCUGCCGAGCACGCCGUCUUGUACCAGUAUCAGCUCUCAGGGGCCAAGAAUGUGGUCAUGGGCUUGAUUCAGACAGAAGCGCCUUACUUCCAGUCAUCGCCCAAGGCACCGGCUCCCUUUGAAAUGGGGCUCGUGUUCAAAGACGACCCAAACUUCGCCGAUUGCUCUGCGAGCUCCAAGACCUGUGCCAUGGCCUGGUCGCUUCGCAUGAUCGACUCCACGAAUAUCUAUGUCAUCAGCGGCGGUCUCUAUACCUGGUUCCAGGACUACUCGCAGGAGUGUGUGAAUAGCGGCGCCAACGACUGCCAGCUGAGCACCUUCUACGUCGAGCAAAGCUUCGAUGUCUGGGUCUACAACCUCAUCACCAUCGGCGUCAUACAGAUGGUCACGGCGCUCAACGGCCAGCCCGUCAGCGCAGCCAACAACCGCAACGGCUUCGCCUCAUCGAUUGUGACGUGGCUCGGAGGCGCCAACCAGACGGCCGGCGGUAGGAAUGUUACCGGAUACACACCCCACACGCGGGAUGACUUGGCUGGGAACAGCUUCUCUGAGCAGUGCAAGACGGCGCUGACGGGCACAAUAGCCUGCGUGAACCAGGCAAUGCAGUGGACGUCGCUGGGGUACCGUGGCUCGCUCGACAACGCGACGCUGCAAGACGAAGUGUGCGACGUCGGGUGCCGCUCCUCGCUGGCUUCUUGGUAUCAAGGCGUCUCGUCGAGCUGCGCCGACUACACCUAG